CUAAAAAAGCUCCGAAUGAUGGCAAGGAGGUACGGGGGGACGCCGAGAUCAUGAAUGGUACUGAGUAUGCAGCUCCAAUCCGCAGUGUUGAAGGCGUUCUUUACGUCAAGCGUGACAACAAGGCAGUACUGUUUGGAGCCUCCUUUCCAUCUUGUUCCUUCGAUGGCGCUGCUGGCAAUGCCAACCACCUUGCUGACUGCGUCAAUGGUGGAUCUUGCCUUGCGAAAACCGAAUUG